UUGGAAAAAUAGGCUGAUAGACGAUAGUUGAUAGUUGCAACUUCGCAAGUCGCUCAAUAAUCUAUAGUUGACAUCGACGUUGAGAUUGAAUUAAAAAUUUAUAGAUUUGACCUUCGAUUUCAAGGGCUCAAACUAGUUUAAUGUAUUUUGUAGUUUACUUAAAAAUUAAUUCGUUUUACCGUAAUCAUUAACAACACUAUAAUAUUUCAACAACCUUGAAAUUGUAUAAUCCAAUAAUAAUAAAAUAUAGAUUGUGAAUGUUGAUACUUGAUAUAUUAUAAUAAUGAAGCACUACCUAGGUAGUUGUAUUUGGUGUUAAUACAAUAAUCAUGUAAAUGAGUGGGAAAAACUGAAGAAUUGUAAUUCUUGAGUAAAAUAAAACAAUAUGGCAUUAGUGGAAGGAUUUGGUGAUGAAGUUAUUCAGUUUUUUGGUAUACUAUUUGUUGUUGUGCUAAUCGUAUUGCUAUGGAUGUCCACACAAGUGGCCGAAAUGCAAAUAUUUCGUGGUGCUGUUUUCAUUUUAGAAAGGCGUACAAGAAGAAGACACCACGAUGCUACGAGAACUGUGUCCAUAAUUUCUAAUCCAUCCAAUAGUGAACAAUCGACAACUGAAACAGUUGCAUUAAAUGAUGGGGUUCAAACAAAUUCUACUUUAAGCAAUGACAAUCCUCAAAAUAUAAAUGAUAAUCCUGCUGCUGCCAAUAUUGAUGUAACCAAAACUGAACAGUUCAAUGAAUCUAGUCAAAGCAAUUGUACCAAUGAUAUUGCUAAUGAACCGCAAAUAUAUGAAGACUCUAUAAGGAUACGACUUAAAUAUUUAAAUGACAACUGUCGUUUAGUUCAAGGCAGGUUACAAGAAAACAUUGGUGUUUUCAAAAGGAGACAUUUUACCAAUGAGCUAACAUCAAAUAAAAUUAUUCGUUUGAUAUUUCAAGGAAAAGUAUUACAUGAUGAUGAAGCAUCACUGAGUAGUUGUGGUCUUCAUGAUAACUGUGUUGUACACUGUCUUAUACAUCAGCCACGUCCUACUGCUAAUGCUCAACAAACCCCUGAUCCUGUAAACCAUGAUACUAAUGAGCAACCACUACCAAAUACGAUACGUCAUGGUCAGCGUCAACCUGGACCAAUUCAACGUGAAUGGAAUUUGGCUACAUUGUUAUCUGCUUUAAUCACAAUAAUAAUAUCAUUACUAUGGUAUGCCAGAAUCCAGUUUUACACAUUUUUCUCUUAUACAUCUACGGGUACACUGGGAAUAUUGACUGGAAUUUUUUUGUUCACUGCCUUUCUCACUUAUUUGGUGGACAAUGAAGAACAACAACAUCAUCGACCGCAAACUGGACAUUAAUAUGUAAUUAUGCUAUAUUUCAGUAUAUAAAAUCAAAGUAAGCACAAAAGCGGGUCUCAAAAUAUUUAAAAAUGUAUGUAAUAAAUAAGGUAUUUGUAUAAAUACAUGGUGUCUAAUUUAUUU